AUGAGCCAAGAGCAGGAGGGCAUUUCCUUGCAUGUACCUUGCCUCGGGGUUUGUCCCGCCAGAGGAGGGGAUGUCGGCGGGGAAAGCACUUGCACUACCCGCGGAGGAACCACAGGAGCCUCGGGUCCUGCAGUUCCAGCAGCCGGGACUUUCUGGCAGGAUUCCGCGGUGGCAACCGGGGUGCACAGCCACACUUCCGGGAGCUGUGCGCUGGAUGGUGGCGGUCUGUUGUCCACGGGCAAGUCGUGCAAAAGCAGGCCGGUGAGUGUCGCCUAUGUGUUCAACAACGAGCCGAACCAGCAGAACAACGCCGAGUGCAUGGCCCUGCAAUGCCUCAAGGACGCGUGUGAGGCAGUGGGUAGCAAACUGGAGACGGUCCACUUUGGAAAGCUGGACUUUGGAGAGACCACAGUGCUGGACCGCUUCUACAAUGCAGAUAUCGCUGUUGUGGAGAUGACAGACGCUUUCCGCCAACCGUCACUCUUCUACCACCUGGGAGUCAGGGAGAGCUUCAGCAUGGCCAACAACAUCAUUCUGUACUGUGACACCAAUUCCGAGUCUCUCCAAUCACUGCAGGAAAUUAUUUGCCAGAAGAACACUCAGACUUGCUCAGCCAACUACACUUUCAUCCCGUACAUGGUGACGCCGCACAACAAAGUGUACUGCUGUGAGGGGAGCCUCAUGAAGGGUCUCACCGAACUGAUGCAGCCCAGUUUUGAGGUGCUGUUGGGGCCAAUUUGCAGGCCUCUUCUGGACCGUUUCAUCCAGCUUCUCAAAGUCUCGCAGGCUAGUUCCCACCAGUAUUUUCGUGAAACAAUUCUGAGUGAGAUUCGUAAAGCUCGUGAGCUCUUCACCGGAGCAGAGCUGGCCGCCGAGCUGGGACGAAUACAGCAACGACUGGACAAUGUAGAGUGCCUCUCGGUGGACAUCGUCAUUAACCUUCUACUGACCUACAGAGACAUCCAGGACUAUGAGUCAGUCGUGAAGCUGGUGGAGACUCUGGAGAAGCUUCCCACCUUUGACCUAGUGUCGCAUCCACAUGUGAAGUUUCAUUAUGCCUUUGCACUGAAUAGGAGGAACCAGCCAGGCGACCGACAUAAGGCCCUGGACAUCAUGCUGCCCCUAGUGGAGGCCGAGGAACAGGUGGCUUCGGAUAUCUACUGCUUGGUAGGGCGCAUCUACAAGGACGUGUUCCUGGAAUCGCAUUUCGCUGACACUGAAAGCAGAGACAGAGGAACACACUGGUUUAAAAUGGGCUUUGAGUCGGAGCCAACGCUGCACUCUGGCAUUAACUACGCUGUUCUGCUCCUGGCGGCUGGACACCAAUUUGAGACGUCUUUUGAGCUUCGUAAAGUGGGGGUGAAGCUGAGCAGCCUCUUGGGUAAAAAGGGCAGCUUGGACAAGUUGCAGAGUUACUGGGAUGUAGGCUUCUUCCUGGGUGCCAGCAUCCUGGCCUGUGAUAACACUCGGGUCAUCCAAGCUUCUGAGAAGCUCUUCAAACUCAAAGCACCCAUCUGGUAUCUUCGCUCCUUGGUGGAGACCAUAUUGAUCUAUCAGCACUUCAAGAAGCCCUGCAUUGAACAACCAGCCCCCAAGCUGGAAGUGAUGGAUUUUUGGAUGGAUUUCUUAGUGGAGGCAACCAAGAAAGAUAUUUCCUCUGUGCGAUUCCCUGUGUUGAUACUGGAGCCUACUAAAGUCUAUCAGCCUUCAUAUUUGUCCAUAAACAAGGAUGUGGAUGACAACACAGUGUCCAUUUGGCACGUGGCUCCUGAUGACAAGGGGAUUCACGAGUGGAAUUUCAGCGCCACAUCUGUGAGAGGUGUCAGCAUCUCCAAGUUUGACGAACGCAGUGCUUUCCUUUACGUCCUUCACAAUGCAGAGGACUUUCAGAUCUAUUUUUGCACAGAGAUGCACUGUAAAAGGUUCUGCGAUUUGGUCAACAGCAUCACUGAGGAGGCAUGGAGAGGGCCGGACGAGGGAGACUGUGACACCGACGCGUUAGAGUACGACUACGAGUAUGACGAACAUGGUGAGAGAGUGGUUCUUGGAAAAGGCACUUUUGGAGUCGUGUACGCGGGCCGAGACCUGAGCAACCAGGUCCGUCUGGCCAUCAAGGAAAUACCAGAGAGAGACAGCAGAUAUUCGCAGCCCCUCCAUGAGGAGAUUGCCCUCCACAAACACCUGAAGCACAAAAACAUAGUCCAGUACCUCGGGUCCAUCAGCGAGAACGGCUUCAUCAAGAUCUUUAUGGAGCAGGUGCCUGGAGGGAGUCUGUCAGCACUGCUCAGAUCUAAGUGGGGCCCCCUUAAAAACAAUGAGCCCACCAUCGGCUUCUACACACGGCAGAUCCUGGAGGGACUCAAAUACUUGCAUGACAAUCAAAUCGCACAUCGGGAUAUAAAGGGUGAUAACGUGUUAAUCAACACCUACAGCGGUGUGUUAAAGAUAUCCGAUUUUGGCACAUCAAAACGCUUGGCUGGGAUUAACCCCUGCACUGAGACAUUCACAGGUACACUACAGUACAUGGCUCCUGAGAUUAUAGACAAAGGUCCUCGUGGCUACGGCAAGCCAGCAGACAUCUGGUCUUUGGGAUGCACAAUUAUUGAAAUGGCUACUGGGAAACCUCCCUUCUAUGAACUAGGAGAACCACAAGCUGCCAUGUUUAAAGUAGGCAUGUUUAAGAUCCACCCAGAGAUCCCAGAGUCCAUGUCAGCAGAGGCCAAGGCCUUUAUCGUGCGUUGCUUCGAGCCCGACCCGGACCGCCGAGCCACCGCCUUCGACCUGCUCACAGAUGAGUUCCUCACCGUCACCAGCCGCAAGAAAAAGAAUAAAAGUAGUUUCACAGCGCUGUCACCAGGCACCGAAUACCUGCGCAGUAUUUCCCUGCCUGUUCCCGUUGUGGUAGAGGACACCAGUAGCAGCAGUGAGUACGGCUCCGUCUCCCCUGACAACGACCUCCACACCAACCCCUUCAUCUUCAAGCCCAGCAUCAAGUGCUACAGCGAGCGUGAUGUCAAGGGGCCCCGAUCACUCUUCCUUAGCAUCCCUGUUGAAAACUUUGAGGACCACAGUGCUCCUCCAUCUCCUGAAGAGAAGGAUUCUGGCUUCUUUAUGCUGAAGAAAGACAGUGAAAGGCGAGCCACCUUGCACCACAUCCUGACCGAGGACCUCGAUAAAGUGGUGGCCAAUCUAAUGGAAGCCCUCACACAGGGAUCGGAGGAAAUGAAAAUGAAACCUCAGCACAUCUCCACUCUGGUAGUCAGCCUGGCAGAUUUUGUCCGUGGAGCUGACAGGAAAGUCAUCGCCCGCACGCUGUCACAACUCAAGCUGGAGCUGGACUUUGACAGCACGGCCAUAAGCCAGCUGCAAGUCGUACUUUUCGGCUUCCAGGAUGCUGUGAACAAAGUGUUGAGAAACCACAACAUCAAGCCUCACUGGAUGUUUGCACUUGACAACAUCAUCCGAAAAGCAGUUCAGACCGCCAUCACAAUUUUGGUGCCAGAGCUUAGGCCUCAUUUCAGCCUAGCCUCAGAGAGCGACGCGCCCGAACAGGAGGACGACUACGAGGCCGAGAGAAACUCAGCACACCAAAGGCGGGCACCGGCCGUCUCAAGUCACGAUGACACAGUGGUAACUUCAGGAGUCAGUACACUCAGUUCCACUGUAUCACACGAGUCCCAUAAUGCGCAGCAUUCUGUAAGCAUGGAGCUGGGCAGGAUGAAGCUGGAGACCAACAGACUGCUGGAACAGCUACUCGAGAAGGAGAGAGAAUAUCAGGCAAUCCUUCAACAAGUUCUGGAUGAGCGAGAGCAGGAGAUCCGACUACUACGACUGCGAUCUCAGACUACAGUAGAAAUCUCCACAUCGCCCUUUGGUACAGGAGCGAAUAUGGAUCAACCUGCCAAAAAACACGAAGAGACCGAGCUGAGCAAUUGGCUGAGGCUUUACGGCGCAGAUCAGGACUCUAUAGACGUGAUACUCAGUGAGGACUACACGUUAAAUGACCUCCUCAAUGAUGUCACAAGGGACGAUCUGAAAAGUCUUAGACUGAGAGGCGGAAUUUUGUGUAAACUUUGGAAGGCCAUUACGGACCACAGGCACAAGCCCACUUGA